UCCCUCCCCAUGUGCAGCCGGCCGGCCGCGCUCCCCUCGCGGCGGAGGGCGACCUCUUCCUGGCCCGGGCCGGCGGUGCGAGGCGGCGGAGCAGGCGAUGAAGAAGAAGCAGCCCCAGCAUCCCGGCGGCGGCGCGGAUUCCUGGCCCCAUGCGGCCCCGGCUGGGGGCGCCCCGGCGGGCCUGGGCGGCUGGAAGCGCCGGGUCUCCCUGCUGCCUCUCCUGCGCUUCUCCCUCCGGGACUACGGUUUCUGCAUGGCCACCUUGCUGGUCUUCUGCUUGGGCUCCCUCUUCUACCAGCUCAGCGGGGGACCCCCUCGCUUCCUGCUCGACCUGCGACAGUAUCUGGGAAAUUCCACUUACUUGGAUGACCACGGACCCCCUCCUAGUAAGGUCCUUCCUUUCCCCAGCCAGGUGGUGUAUAACAGAGUCGGCAAGUGUGGGAGUCGCACCGUGGUUUUGCUUCUGAGAAUCUUGUCAGAGAAGCAUGGAUUCAAUCUGGUCACGUCUGACAUUCACAACAAAACCAGGCUCACUAAAAAUGAACAAAUGGAACUGAUUAAAAAUAUAAGUACUGCCGAACAGCCCUAUUUAUUCACUCGACAUGUUCAUUUCCUCAACUUCUCAAGGUUUGGAGGAGACCAGCCCGUCUAUAUCAACAUCAUCAGAGACCCUGUCAGCCGGUUCUUAUCUAACUAUUUUUUCCGUCGCUUUGGAGACUGGAGAGGGGAACAGAAUCACAUGAUCCGCACCCCCAGCAUGAGGCAAGAGGAGCGCUACCUGGAUAUCAAUGAGUGCAUUCUUGAAAACUACCCUGAGUGUUCCAACCCCAGGUUAUUUUACAUCAUUCCGUAUUUUUGUGGACAGCAUCCCCGAUGCAGGGAGCCUGGAGAGUGGGCCCUUGAACGCGCAAAGCUGAACGUGAAUGAAAACUUCCUGCUCGUGGGGAUUCUCGAGGAGCUGGAAGACGUGCUGCUUUUACUGGAAAGAUUUUUACCUCAUUACUUCAAGGGUGUGCUCAGCAUCUACAAGGACCCAGAGCAUAGGAAACUUGGAAACAUGACUGUGACCGUGAAGAAGACUGUUCCCUCCCCGGAGGCCGUGCAGAUUCUCUACCAGCGAAUGAGAUACGAGUACGAGUUCUACCACUACGUGAAGGAGCAGUUCCACCUGCUGAAGCGCAAGUUCGGCCUGAAGUCCCACGUGAGCAGGUCCCCCCUGAGACCACAGUUCUUCAUCCCCACCCCUUUGGAAACUGAGGAGCCGAUCGAUGAUGAGGAGCAAGAUGAUGAGAAGUGGCUAGAAGAUAUUUAUAAGAGGUGAUGCUGACUCUGGUUGCCGCCAUGGCUCUAUCUCCCUUUCCAAAAAGAUUUUUGUUUGAGGGAAGAAAAAUACUGAAGGGACUUUAAAUUAAUGCUCGGGUGCAUUAAAAAGAACAAAACUUUCCCACAUGUUGGGGUCAUUGGGAGAUGCCCGGUUUUGCGGGUGUUGUUUGUUUAAUUUUAUUCUGUGCUUUCUCUUGGCUCCUUGGGGCUUUCCCAGGUACACAAAUGGCUCCACAAGGCAUCAUGUCCUAAAAUAGCCUUUCCCCGCCCCUUCCCCAUACAAUGGAAGAAAGAGGAGAAAUAUACUACACAGCCCAGUAAUUUAUCAUUUGUAAAAUGACUUGUAAAAAUAUUAGCUCAAUGGUAGAUGUUCAGACUUGUAUAUGUCAGUAGAAAUAUAAAACCACUUCACAGACCAGAGAGUCUCCUCUAGAAGCAUCUAAGAGGAGAAGAUAAGAACAGCAAAAAAAGGAUGUCGCUGGUUAAAUGGUUUCUGCCCACAUGGGUAGAAUUCUGACUCUGGUCCAUCUUGGGGACACUGUCACCAAAAGCAGUGCACUUAUGUCUGAAAGAACAAGUUGUCUUGUUCUGUGUCCCCAAACCAUGAGUCUGGAGUACCUUUCAAAGUCAAAGUGCAUGGCAAGUUCCAUGGAGACAUUCCAACUCCAGGCACCGUUCUGACAGUCACCAAAGGAGCAUAACAAGGAAAAGAACUUGUGUUGCUGUGCAAGGAAGAGGAUAGGCAGCACAGAGCUGCAGUGGGGGCCAUGUGCAGCAGGAAAAGAACACGGUCAUGUGCUUUGCAACCAAUCUGAAACAUCUGUGUCCCUGGCACUGGUUUAAGUAGAAGUCUCAGGAACCAGUUUAGCUCUGGCAUUUGUUUUUAUGGCAGGACCUCUAAACCUGAUCUCAGACAGUGCAUAGCUCUGAAGUCAACCCCUGCCCAGCUAGGGUCUUAUCUGGUCUCUGGUACCUACUUGUUUUUAGUAACAAGAGAUCCUGAGUUCCGUGCAGGCAGGAAUAGAGCUGUACUCUCAUUUCUUACGGCAUGUGCUUGCUCUUAAGAACCCUUGUUGAGGACAUCAAAAACAGAAAGUAAGGGGUCUGGGUUAUAGGAGACUGCCUGACCAGCUUUACAAACAGGUGAAUGCCCCUGUGUGAUCUGAGUAGAUGCUGGGCAGUCCCACUGCCCUCAAAAAACCCAUCUGCCCACCUUCCACCCCAUCAUCUGCCCGUACCCAUUGAUUCAGUUAUUAGAAAUCUUUUCCCUUAAAUUCUGAAGUGUUUUUCACCUUUUUAAACAAUCCUGACAGUUCAUGUUCUCCUGGGUGGAUAACACUAGGAACCAGAAUGCAGAGGCAGAAGUAGGAAGGAUGCUUGCAAGAAAGUUUGUCUGCUCCAUUUUUCCCCUUAGAGCCAACCCAUCAAGAGUCAUUUCUGCAAAGUGAGUCAGAGGACUUAAGACUCUGACUUUAGGCAAUCUACACAUUUUCUGCUUUUCAGAAAACAACAAUCUCUCUGGAAUUUUUUUUCUUUCUUCACUAAAAGUAAACAGUGGCCAAGAUACAAAGCAAGUCACUUGGAACCUGCCAAGUGUGUGGUGAAGCUACUCUAUCAUGAGAUGUAUUAAGAAGGCUCCAACCCACAUGCAUCCAGUGAAGACAGGGGCCACAGAGGCACCAAGUCCAAGCACUCGUGGGUUUUCUUUCUGUUUCAAGGGACUAGGGCAGCAAAGUGAAUAAGGGAUAUGUCCACAUAGUAAGAAAUAUCCUUUGUCCUGUGCAGACAGACCAGGGCCCUACUAUUAGGCAUACUUCAAAAAACAGUCUAAAAAACAGCUAUCAUGUUCACAACAGUGUAAGAAGUGCUGCCUGGUAUGUAAUGAGUCAUUUCUACUACAUUACAUAGAAAGAAUGAUGGUAAGUUUACACCCUGUGCAGUCUCACAAUCUGAAAAUAAAGUUCUGAUGGCUAAGUUUUCUCUUUUGUUAGAACAACAUAAUAAUUGGUCAUUCCACAAAUCCAUCCUCUUUCUGCAAGUUCACAUGGGUACUUCCACCUGUGUGUUCAAAGGUACUUAUUUUCAGCAUGAUCAAUAUAACUUCACAACAAAAGAUACCAACUCAUUAUUUGUAGGGACUGCUUAUUUUGUCCCAAUAAACAGCCCCUAGUUCCUAAAAGUCAAGGCACUUCAUCGGUUUAUUUGGUACACAUGACAACAUUUAUUUGGCCCUCGGCCCAAUAUAGUUUGUAGUUCAUGAAAUAUACUGUACAUUUUACAUAGUUUAAUUUAAAAAAUACAUUUUAAGCUAGUUGAUCUUUGACUGCCUUAUUUAUUAUAACCUUUCAGCACAUUCCAAGGUUUUAGUUACUCAGGAAGGAGUUAAUUAAAAUGAUUUUAUUUUGGUCUGAUGGAUGUUUUUUAAAAGGAAAAUUAUUAUUAUGAACCCUCAGCCUACUUUCCUUGAGUGCUGUAAAAGUGCUUGUAAAUCUUUUUUUCCUAAAGAAGAAAAAAAUAACGUUUGACAUUGAUGGAAAUUCAAAAAUACAUAUGGAACUUAAACAUAAGCUUAGCUAAAAUAAAAGCAAUCUGUGUUUGAAAUGAAGUGUUCCUUAACUUAUUCAUUACCUAUAUAAAUAAAUGAAUAUAAAUAA